AUGGGGAAAUUGAUCAAGAUGGGGGUGCAGGAGAAGCGGUUACUCUGGCCAAGGCGGCUUCAUUGGAGUCGCCUCCUGUUCCUAUUGGGAUUGUUGAUCAUGGGUUCUACCUACCAAUACCUGAGGAGACCCUGGGGCCUCCCCUCACUGUGGGCAGAAGUCUCUUCCCAACAGCCUAUAAAACUGGCCAGCCGUGACCUCCCCAAUGAUGUGAUGACGAUAGUGAGCACUGACCCUCCCAAAGCUAGCUCUGAAAUGGAGGCUGAGAUGCUGGCACCCCAAGCCACCUUGGGCAGGAAUCAAGCAACACUUAGAAUGACAAUGGAGAACACGCCCAGAACACCCAGAAGAAUUGCCAAGAUCACUCCACCAACACCAAAGAAUAAUCAUAGCCCAACAGCAGCAGAUACAGAAAGAAUGAAGGAAAAUACCCCAACCACACCAAGUAGAGUACUGAAUCACUACACCCCAAUUUCAAGCAGACAAACAGUAAAACAUUAUAGCCCAUCAUCCAGGGGAGAAAUGAAGAGCUACAACCGAAUUCAAGCCAGAGGUAAGGUGAAGAUUACCCCAACCCCUCCUGGGGAAACUAUAGACACUAAUGCACCAUCCACACUCAUGAAAAUGGAAACACGCCAUGCGAUCAUCCCCAGGACAAAAGUGAAAGAUAGUGAAACCAUGGCAACUUAUGAAAUAUUGGAGACCAGCUCUCCCAAGAGGAUACUGGAAGAAACCUCCUCAGCUACCCUUAAGAGAAUAAUUAAAAACACCCCACCUUUCCUGACCGAGAUAGAAACAAACAUCUUGACAUCUCCAAGGAGAAUAGCAGAAAAGAACACCAUGACUAGCUCCAAAAGAGUGGGAAAUAACAGCUCAUCCAAUCCCUGGAGGUUAGUGGGGAAGAACAACCAGACAACUCUUCAGGGAGCAGACCUGGAGCACACUUCAGCUGUGUCUGAGAGGCAAGUGACAAGAAGUACCGCGAUGGGUGGCAGCCCAGCGAAAAAUGAAGCCUCUACUGCUAUCCGGAGUGUUAGGAAUCCCUUGCCCAGAACCAGUGCACCCUCCAUCAGGACAGCCUCAGCCACCAACCAGGAGCUGGCAAAGAAACCUUCCACAGCACCCAGGACCUCUGUAACCCCCCAAGUCAGGGCAAAUCCCACUGUCCAGAUCCGUCACUGUGUGGUUGUAGAACCAGCCCCAGCCAUGCCCACCAGCCCAUCCCCAAGCCUGACAACCUCCCUCUUCCCAGAGGUGCCCAGUCCCAGUCCCUCAGCAAUGCUUCCCAGUUGGCCAGACCAUCCCCAGGGAGAGUACCCCCGGGACCUGUUCAGCGUGGAGGAACGGCAGCAGGGCUGGGUGAUCCUGCAUAUCUUUGGCAUGUUGUACCUGUUUGUGGCCUUGGCCAUCGUGUGUGAUGAGUUUUUUGUCCCAGCCCUGAGUAUCAUCACAGAGAAGCUGCAGAUCUCUGAGGAUGUGGCAGGUGCUACUUUCAUGGCUGCUGGAGGCUCUGCCCCUGAGCUCUUUACCUCCCUCAUUGGCGUCUUCAUAUCCCACAGCAACGUGGGUAUUGGUACCAUUGUGGGCUCUGCUGUGUUCAACAUCCUCUUUGUCAUUGGCACCUGCUCUCUCUUCUCCCGGGAGGUCCUCCACCUCACCUGGUGGCCAUUGUUCCGGGAUAUCUCCUUUUAUAUCCUCGACUUGUCAAUGCUCAUCCUCUUCUUCCUGGACAGCCUCAUCGCCUGGUGGGAAAGUCUGCUGCUGCUGCUAGCCUAUGCCCUCUACGUGUUCACUAUGAAGUGGAACAAGCACAUAGAGGUCUUUGUGAAAGAGCAGCUCAGAAAAAGACCAGUGGCCAAGGUCAUGACUCUAGGGAAUCGCAGCAAGCCAUCUGAAGGAAGUGUGGAAGACAGAGAACAGUAGGAUAACAAGAAGCUGCAGGCCUGUGCCCUUGCUGUGCUAACUGGAGGGAGCAGCUCAGCCUCUCUGCACAACAACAUUAUCCGCUGCACCUUCUACCAGCUCAUGAUCCACAGCCUGGACCCCCUGGGGAUAGGUAACCCACCCUCCCAGGACAAGGAGGAGAGCUUGAAUCAGGAGGCCAGAGCCCAACCCCAGGCCAAAGCAGAAAGCAAACCAGAAGAGGAGCCACCAGCUGAGCUCCCUGUGGUCACGGUCACACCAGCCCCAACUCCAGACACUAAGGGAGAUCUGAAUCCUGGUGGUCAGGAAGGUGCCGCUGGAGCCGAGAACACAGGUGAAAUGACAGGUGAAGAGGGUAAAGCUCCUGGUGAACAAGGAACUAAGAAAAGUGGAGGUGAUGGCAAAACUGAAGCAGAAGAAAAAGAAGAUGAACCCAAAGGUGGAGGUGAAAACCAAGCAGAAGAUGGUGACAUGAAAGGUGACAAAGGUGAAACUGGAGCCCAAGAAGUCAAUGCUGAAAAUCAAGAUGAAGCCCAAAAUGAGAAAGGUGCAGAUGAUGAAGGGGGAAGUGAUGGAGGGGAUAGUGAAGAGGAGGAGGAGGAUGAGGAGGAGGAUGAGGAGGAGGAGGAGGAGGAGGAGGAAGAGGAGGAGCCUCUGUCCCUGGACUGGCCUGAGACCAGGCAGAAGCAGGCCAUUUACCUCUUCCUCCUGCCCAUCGUGCUCCCACUGUGGCUGACGGUGCCUGAUGUCCGAAGGCAGGAGUCUAAAAAGCUUUUUGUUAUCACCUUCCUGGGAUCCAUCAUUUGGAUAGCCAUGUUCUCCUACCUCAUGGUGUGGUGGGCUCACCAGGUUGGCGAAACAAUAGGGAUUUCUGAAGAGAUCAUGGGUUUGACAAUCCUGGCAGCUGGCACAUCAAUUCCUGACCUCAUCACCAGUGUGAUUGUUGCUCGGAAAGGCCUGGGAGACAUGGCUGUAUCCAGCUCCGUGGGUAGUAACAUAUUUGAUAUCACUGUCGGCUUGCCUGUUCCUUGGCUGCUUUUCUGUCUUAUCAAUGGAUUGCAGCCUGUGCCAGUCAGCAGCAAUGGCUUGUUUUGUGCAAUUGUUUUGCUUUUUCUCAUGCUCCUGUUUGUGAUCUCUUCAAUUGCAUUAUGCAAAUGGAGAAUGAACAAGAUCCUGGGCUUCACAAUGUUCCUUCUUUACUUUGUAUUCCUGAUAAUCAGUGUGAUGUUAGAGGAUCGAAUCAUAUCCUGUCCUGUAUCUAUCUGA